AAAAUAACAACACACGGUGCGAGGCCGUUAUUAUUCUGAGUAUCCUCCACCACACACACAAGAAAAGAAAUAAAUUUUUCAAAGUUGAUUUGUCAUAUUCAUUAUUUUGCAAGUGCAUUUUUGUUUUGUUAGAUUUGUAGUAUAAACGUUUAGUUACAAAGAUGAACGAAGGCGAAGGAACCUUGGUGGAUAAGUCUGAGAGCAGUUCGUUUGAGGACCUGGCUUCUGCUGCGGCCCAGGAGAUCGAGGAUGCCAAGAUUGCUGAAGCAGCUGCAAAUGCACAAGCCAACCCGAAGUCACCUGACGAGAAAAAGGAAGAGUGGCAGGAUGUCUUGGGGUCAAAGGCCAUCCUAAAGAAGCAACUGAAACAAGGGGAUGAGUCUGAGGGGCUGCGGCCUCAGCGCGGAGAUAUCUGCAGAAUCAGCUAUGAACUGAAGCUAAGAGAUGGCAACCAACAUGUUAUUGAAAAAAGAGACCAGCUUAAAAUAUAUCUUGGGGAUAAUGAGCUGCUUCAAGGUUUGGACUUGGCACUGACCCUUAUGUACAAAGGUGAAGAGUGUAUAUUGCAACUAGCUCCCCGGUUCGGCUACGGAGACACUGGACUGAAGGCUGGCGAGAGUCUGGGCCUCAUUGGAGACACUACAGGAGCAAAGUAUGACGGACCUAACAUUGGACCAGAGACAUGGCUGGAGGCGCGGCUCCAGCUGCACGACUGGAGUGAAGAGCCUGACCAUGAGACUUUAUCUAUCGCUGAAAGAAUGGAAAUUGGCAUCCGUCGCCGCUCGCGCGGCAACUGGUGGUACGGGCGUGGCGACUCGACCCUAGCGGUGCAGCUGUACCGUCGAGCGCUAGACGUGUUGGACGAGAGCGAGGGCGGGAUCACCUCGCCCACCAGCAGCGGGGAGCUGCCGUCGACGUCUCAAGCGCUUGAAGCGCUGCUUGACGAGCGGCUGCGGGUCCAUAAUAACAUGGCGGCCGCGCAGCUGAAGGCUGGCGCGUAUGAUGCCGCUUUGCAGGCAGUAACCCGCGUGCUAUCCUGCCAGCCGAACAACGCGAAAGCGCUAUUCCGCAAAUCCCGCAUCCUAAGUGCCAUGGGGCGUAACUCCGAAGCGCUAGAAGCGGCUCGCAAGGCCGCGGCCGCCGCGCCAGAGGACAUAGGCGCUAGGAAGGAGCUACAGAAGUGUGAACAGAAAGCGAACAGAGAUCGCUCGGUGGAGAGGAAGUUGGCCAAGCGGAUGUUGGGCACACAGCCACAGGGGAAGGGGGGGGAGAAGGCGCCUGAGAAGAAACCGUCGAGGUCUAAGGUGCUGGUGUGGGGCUCGCUGCUGCUCAGCCUGCUGGUGGGCGUGGCCAGCGUGCUCGUGUACCGGUACAAGAUCGCCGCGCACUGACCGCACACUUUCAGAUGAACGAAAGCAAUACACGUGUUAAGUAGAAGAGAAACUUAACUUCAUUGUUUUAGAUAGCGACGUCUGUCGUCCACAUUUUCGACCCUUGCUUGCAGACGAGGGGGCCUAUUCUCUAACUCUGAAUAAAUACUCACAGAGGUGAGUCAACUCUUUUACUGUUGCAGUAUAUCGGG